AAGAAUGAGGAAGAAGUCCGCUGUGCUGCGCGCCUCGUCCCAACAAAUGCGGGUUUGCUGAUGAAGCGCCGCUCCGGUCAUCCGAUCAUACAGGUCGCUCAGGUCGCGCUGCAUGGAAACGAGGAGUAGGCAACAGCAAAAAAACAACAGCAACAAAUAAAAAACUGUCAGUGCAUGGGAAUCCGGACUCCUCUCCCCUCCUUUUGUGCGUCUCGGUCGCCUUGGCUGGCGUAUAAGAGCUCCCUGCGUCUCCAUUACCAUUCCCCACUGCUGGCUUACCUCUACUACUACUACUACUCCUACUCCUUGUACUGCUGCUAUUACUAGUAGUGCGGCUUUUAAUACUGACCGGUCCGGGUUGUGGACACUCUCUGGAUAGAAAGGUUCAACACCUUCAUUAAUCGUCACCUCACAGUACCGGUCCAGACAUCAACAUGGGCCGCUGGGAUCACUCCUCCCCCCUGUCCCCUGCUCUGAGGAUAGCAGUUGUCAUGGUGAUUCUCCUCCUCAAGCUCCAUCCCUCAUUGGCUGGCGCACCCCCUGAGACAGGCUUGGGUGGCUCGGUUUCGGCAGUGUCCACCAAUAAAAGUGAAUGCAGCAAGGCUGAGGCGUGCUCAAAGGGGGUGAUGUUACCCAUUUGGGAACCCCAAAAUCCGUCAUUUGGUGACAAGGUUGCCCGGGCCACGGUUUACUUUGUUGCCCUGGUCUACAUGUUCCUGGGUGUGUCAAUUAUCGCCGACCGUUUCAUGGCAUCAAUAGAGGUCAUCACGUCACAGGAAAAAGAGAUCACUAUCAAGAAACCCAACGGGGAAACCACCACCACAACUGUCCGGAUCUGGAACGAGACCGUGUCCAACCUCACCCUCAUGGCUCUGGGCUCUUCGGCUCCCGAGAUCCUGCUGUCCGUCAUAGAGGUCAUCGGUCAUGGGUUUAACGCCGGCACACUAGGCCCCUCCACCAUUGUUGGCUCUGCAGCGUUCAACAUGUUUGUCAUCAUUGGGCUUUGCGUCUACGUCGUGCCCGACGGCGAGACCAGGAAGGUCAAGCAUCUCCGCGUCUUCUUCGUCACGGCCACCUGGAGUAUCUUUGCCUACAUUUGGCUCUACCUGAUCCUGUGUGUGAUCUCACCUGGCGUUGUGCAGGUGUGGGAGGGGCUGCUCACUUUCCUCUUCUUUCCCAUCUGUGUGGUGUUUGCCUGGAUAGCUGACCGCCGUCUGCUCUUCUACAAGUAUGUGUACAAGCGUUAUCGGACUGGAAAGCAGCGUGGCAUGAUCAUCGAGACUGAGGGCGACCGUCCACUUCCUUCUAAGGUGGACAUUGAGAUGGAUGGGAAGAUGCUGAACUCUCAUGGUGUUGACUUCCUGGACGGUCCGCUGGGUUUGGAUCUUGAUGAGAAGGACCUGGAUGAGGAGGAGACCCGGAGAGACAUGGCCAAGAUCCUGAAGGAGCUAAAACAGAAACACCCUGACAAGGAGGUGGAGCAACUUAUUGAGCUUGCCAACUACCAGGUUCUGAGCCAGCAGCAGAAGAGCCGUGCUUUCUACCGCUGCCAGGCCACCCGGUUGAUGACAGGUGCUGGCAACAUCCUGAAGAAACAUGCAGCCGAUCAGGCAAGAAAGGCUGUCAGCAUGCAUGAAGUUCGCUCUGAUGCUGGUGAUAACGACCCUAUCUCUAAGAUCUUUUUUGAGCCCGGUUCCUACCAGUGCCUUGAGAACUGUGGCACAGUGGCGGUGAAUGUGGUGAGGCGUGGCGGCGACCUGGGCAAGACGAUUUCUGUGGAGUACCGGACAGAAGACGGCACGGCCAACGCUGGUUCGGACUACGAGUUCACAGAAGGCGUGGUGGUGUUCAAGCCCAGCGAGACGAUGAAGGAGAUCCGUGUUGGGAUCAUUGACGAUGACAUCUUUGAGGAGGAUGAAAACUUCCUGAUUCACCUUUCCAAUGUGAAGGUGUUGACGUCAGAAGGAGAGGAACCUGAGGAAGGCGAGUCAGCUAAUCACGUGGACUCAGUGGCCUGUCUCGGCUUACCCUCUACAGCAACCGUUACCAUCUUUGAUGACGACCAUGCCGGUAUCUUUACGUUUGAGGAGCCUGUAUGCCAUGUGAGUGAGAGCGUUGGCAUUAUGGAGGUGAAGGUGCUGAGAACGUCGGGGGCUCGUGGCGUGGUCAUGCUGCCGUACAAGACCGUGGAGGGAACAGCACGAGGCAACGGAGAGGACUUUGAAGACACUCAUGGUAUCCUGGAAUUUCAGAACGAUGAGAUCUUGAAGACCAUAACCAUUAGGAUCUUAGACCGGGAAGUGUACAAUAAGCAGUCCUCCUUCUACGUUCUACUUGAAAACCCCGAAUGGAGACGCAGCGGGAAGGAACGGACAGAGGAAGAGCAAAAGGAAGAGGAGGAGGAAGAGGAGGCGCUGACAGGAAAGGAUGAAGAGGAGAGACGCAUCGCUGAGAUGGGUCGCCCCAUGCUGGGAGAUCACGUCAAACUGGAGGUCAUCAUAGAGGAGUCAUAUGAGUUCAAGAACACAGUGGACAAGCUGAUAAAGAAGACCAACCUGGCUCUGCUUGUAGGAACCAACAGCUGGAGAGACCAGUUCAUAGAAGCCAUCACUGUGAGCGCAGGCGAGGAUGACGAUGACGAGGAGUGCGGGGAGGAGAAGCUGCCGUCAUGUUUCGACUACGUCAUGCACUUCCUCACCGUCUUCUGGAAGGUUCUGUUCGCCUUCGUACCACCCACAGAGUACUGGAACGGCUGGGCCUGCUUCGUCGUCUCCAUCUGCAUGAUCGGACUGCUCACCGCCGUCAUAGGGGACCUGGCCAGUCAUUUUGGCUGCACAGUGGGCCUGAAAGACUCAGUCACAGCAGUAGUAUUUGUCGCAUUGGGAACCUCUGUUCCAGAUACCUUUGCCAGCAAGGUAGCUGCUAUCCAGGAUCAAUAUGCAGACGCAUCCAUUGGAAAUGUGACUGGCUCCAACGCUGUCAAUGUUUUCCUGGGCAUCGGGGUGGCGUGGUCCAUCGCCGCCAUCUACCACCAGAGCAAUGGGAAGGAGUUCAGGGUGGACCCGGGCACACUGGCCUUCUCCGUCACGCUCUUCACCAUCUUUGCCUUUAUAAGCGUCGCCACACUGAUGUACCGGCGACGACCAGAGAUCGGUGGAGAGCUGGGCGGGCCCCGGACUGCGAAGGCCCUGACCACCAUGCUGUUCGUCAGCCUGUGGCUCCUCUACAUCCUCUUCUCCUCACUGGAGGCUUACUGCCACAUCCAGGGCUUCUAAGAUGGCAGGAGAUGACGAAGGGGAGGGCGGGACAGAGGGAGGACAUGGAAGAAGAAAGCAAGGGGAGGUGGAUGAAUGGAUGGAUUUGAAAAUUAAGGCUGUCUCGUUGAUCUAUCACUCCCUCCCUUUACGCAAUAGAUUGAAUGACGAAUGAAUGGAUGGAUGUAUAGAAUGAAGGAACGGAGGACACAUUAAAGCAUCUAAAAACAGAAUAGAAGGAAGUACGGAUGCAUGGAAGGACAACGACAAACAGGAGAAUCAUAGGAGCUAAAGAAGCUUGAAAGAAAAAGGAAUAAACUAAAACUACCGGAAUACAUUUUCUGUCUCGAUCUAUAAAUCAAAACCAAUCAAUUAAAAGUUGUCUUUAAACCCCCUGUUUUAAAUUCGUAAAACUAAUCCCCCAAGUCACAAACGCACAUACACACACAAAUAAAUGCACACAAUUUGUCUCAGCUGGUUCAACCAUACAGAAAUCAAAAUGUGAAGUGCCACAGAGAGGUUAAAACAGACUGACACCAUCACAGUUACCAGCUUGGAUUUGUGGAUUCAACAACAGCAAUCCCAUUAAACCCCUUCCAGUUGGAGCAGUGAACUCCAACGUCCAGCUGCAGUAACAGAGACAAGUGAGACAGAAAAAGACAGAAUAACUGUGUUAGUAUGUACAUGCAUGACCAGACAAUACUGAAAACACAAUCAGAAGAAAUUGGAUAUAUUGCCACAGCUGUUUAAUGACAACAAACUGUGUGUGUGCUAGUGUGUGACUGUGUGUUUCGCUGCUUGUGCGUUGUGGGAAGAUGGUCAAGUACUGUGAAAAAGUCGCCUCUCGUUUUGCUGUCGCUGGGUGAGACGGAAUAUGCUUUCGUAUUAAAAGGUCUUUUUGACUCUCGCUCUACCAACCUGUAGAAAUGCUGAGUAAGACUCUUUUGCGGGAGGGCACGUUCAACGAAGCGAAAUGUUCUGAACGUCACUGAGGUUAGAGAUGUAAAUACAAAGAGCUAAACAUACUUUAUAGCUCCACUUCUUUCCUUCUGAAUGUCUUGGUUACGCCAUGCGCUCCUGAACGGGCCCUCUUUCUGUUGCUUUAUACUGUAGAUGUAAAUGAUUUAAGGUCUAAUUUGAAUCAAGAAGGGGUUAGUGUGCUUUUACCUUUAAUAAGGCCAUGUCUGAAAGGACAAAAUGGCCGCUCUACCGUUUAAAACUGUUAGAGAAACUAUUAUCAUUGCAUAAAUAUCUAGGUUAAU